GUAUAUAUAUAGAGGGUUGCAUACGCCUAAUAUUAACCAUCCACAUUUGCAUACCAUUUUUUGCAUGACAACUUCAAAGGAGUUAGCUUAGAGAGAGCUAGGGCUUCUCAACUACUGAAGACCAGCUUUUUCUGGCCACCUCCCAGAGCUAGAGAGCAAGAGAGAAAAAGAGAAAGCAGAGACAUAAACAUUAUUAUUAUUAUUAGUAUUAGUAUUCAUUUUCCAGCAUAUACUAUAUAGCUUGUAUUAUUCCUACAUAUAUUUUUUCCUUUUGUAAUAUCAAGAUAUGGCCAUCUUCAACGUUCACCACCCUUGGACAUUUACUUUUGGGAUCUUAGGCAACAUUAUUUCCUUCCUCGUGUACUUAGCCCCUUUAACAACAUUUUAUCGAGUGUACAGAAAGAAAUCAACGGAAGGGUUCCAUUCACUGCCUUAUCUUGUAGCAUUGUUUAGCUCAAUGCUAUGGUUGUACUACGCAUUAGUGAAAAAGGAUGCUAUGCUUCUCAUCACCAUUAACUCAUUUGGAUGUGUUAUAGAGAUGAUCUACAUCACCAUCUACAUCAUCUAUGCACCAACUCAUGCUAGAAUCUUAACCAUAAAACUAUUUGCUUUCAUGAACAUAGCCAUGUUCUCUUCCAUCUUUCUUCUUACCCAAUUCGCCGUAAAACAUCCUAACCAAGUCCAAGUUCUCGGUUGGAUUUGUGUCGCCAUUUCCGUUAGUGUUUUCGCUGCGCCCUUAAGCAUUGUGGCACAAGUUAUUCGAACAAGAAGUGUGGAAUUUAUGCCAUUCAACUUGUCAUUUUUCCUAACGUUGAGUGCUGUAAUGUGGUUUGCUUAUGGCGUGUUACUCAAGGACAUAUGCAUUGCUAUUCCAAACGUAGUGGGCUUCGUAUUGGGCCUUGUGCAGAUGUUACUGUAUGGAAUCUACAGAAACAGGAAAAAUGUUAGUGUUGAUGAGGAGAAGAAUAAGGCUCAUGAUCAACACCUUAAGAGCAUUGUAAUCUUAAGCUCUUUAGCCACUUGUGAAGUUCAUCCUGUGGAUGUUGAAACUUGUGACCAAGUGACUACUGUUGAGGUUAAUAAUAAUAACACUAAUGAUGAUAAUGAUCAUCAAAACGGGACUACUGCCACUACUGAACAUCAUCAUGAUCAAGACAAGAACAAGCAAGAGAAUGCAGUUUAAUUAAUAUUUCUCCCAUAGUUAAUUAUUAAUUAAAUCCCUAUUUUGUAAUCUUCAUCAUCAUCAUUUGCAGCAUAUAUAUCUAUUUAAGAAAUUAGAGUCGUAAACAAAGCCAAGAAAGAGUAGUACUAGUGCAUUGUGAGUGUCUUUGUAAUGAAGCUCUAUUUAUUUUUAUAAUACUUUUUCCUUUUUUUAACUGUUUUUUUUUACUCUGCGCAUGUAAUAUUUAAUACGAAAAUGUACUUUGUUUAUAACAAGAAUGAAGUAAUCGAUCGAAUUAAUUAUUAA